UCUACGUUUGGGACAUCGCAAUGGGAGAUUUAGAGAGAAUGGGCAGAGAACUCAAAUGCCCAAUCUGUUGGAGUUUGUUCGAUUCUGCGGUUUCGCUCACCUGCAAUCAUCACUUCUGCAACUCGUGUAUUGUAAAGUCCAUGAAAUCAGCACCUGCUUGUCCUGUAUGUAAAAUCCCGUUCACUCGUCGAGAGAUUCGCCCUGCUCCUCAUAUGGACAACUUGGUCAAUAUAUAUACGAGCAUGGAAGUUGCUUCAGGAAUCAAUAUAUUUGUUACCCAGAAUGUAUCUCAAGCUAAAUUAUCGGAUGUGGAAAAGCAAUGUGAUGGUAGUGCCGACUUUGGCAAAGUGGAAGCUGGUGGAUCUCAUAAAGGUCAUGUGCAAGAGAAGAAAACCCGGAAGAUGAAGAAGGCGAAGAAGACAGUCCAGGUCAACAUGGAAAGUUCAGGCUCUGGCUUACCAAAACCUUCUUUUCCAGCCAAGAAAAGGGUGCUGGUGCCACAAAAUAUUCUUUCAGAGACUCCAAUGAAAAAUUUAAAGCUUGGAGAUUGUCUUAGUGAAAUUAACAAAGAGAAAGGAGUGCAAAAGGUUCCUCUCAUUGGAAGUGAAAUGCCUCUACAAAGUGAAAAAUCUGUUCCUGUUCUUUCACCUUUCUUUUGGUUGAGAGAGGAAAAGGAUGGUGAAAAGUCGAGCCCACCAACUGACGAGGAUCAAUUUAUUGAUGGAUCAACACCAAAUCCUCCUUCAUUUAGUGAUCUCAGGGACUCGGAUGAUGAAAACACUUCUAAUGUCGCUCCAUGCGAUGAGGGGCAAAAUCAAAUCUCUGUUAAUUUAUUUGAUAGUGAGAUGUUUGAAUGGACACAAAGGCCUUGCUCUCCUGAAUUAUUUUCAAGUCCCUCUAAAAUGCAGCUGCAGGUCAUGGAUACUUACGAGGAUGAUGAAAAUCAAGAUGAAUUGGUGGCUGCCUCACAGGAACUGGACGCAAAUCUACCCAUUACUGAUGCUGACAACAUGAAAUUUGAGAAUCCCAAAGGAAAUAAAACAGCUGAUGCAUUACCACCAAAUGUUUCUCCUCUAAUUAGAAGUUCUGUUGAUAUAAAUGGACAAAUAAAGUCUAGGAAAAGGGGAAGGAAGGCUAGGGCAAAAAUUAGGCAUGAGCAGAUUGUCGAACCAAAAAAUUCAAUUGAUGGAAUGCAUCUUGUUGGACAUGUAUCACUAGAAGUCACUCAGGAACGAGCAUUGGACUGCAAACCCAAAUCUUGUAAUCUGGGGAAGGCUAGUAGAAGGGGCAAGAAGGUUUGUUUCAAUACCAGUUCAGUUCCAACAUCUACAAGUGCAUGUACAGUCCCUGAUUCGUCAGGAGUUUUAAGUAUUGAUGAAAUGGAGAUGGUUGCAAAUCCAUGUAUUUCGCCAUCUAAACAAGAAAAUGAGAAGCAUUGUCCUCUGGAGAUUGCUGGAAAAAGCCAGAAGAUAAUAUCUGGAAAACAAAAUAUGAACCCAACCGAAGAGUUUGCUGGUUCUGAUUCAUCCCUUUUCAGUCUACAGACAAACAGUAAUGUGAAUACCUCUAAAAGCAAGCAAUCCAAAAACAUAUUUACUAGAAAAUCUAUAUCUGGCAGUAAAAAGUUGAGAAAUACUGAAAGGUCAAAGCUUUCUUCUGAAUGUACCUCUAUCACUAAAAAUGCUGAAGAAAUUCUACCUAAUGAAAGUGUUCAUCACUGUCCUCAUGUCAGCGAUUUGAAUGAUCCAUCAAAAGAGAAACAUCGUUCUUUGACUGAUAAAACAGUUUUAAGGAAAUGUGAGAGCCAUGUCGAGAAGUAUCAAUGUUUUUUCUGUCUCUCAUCAGAAGAAUCAGAGGUUUCUGGCCCUAUGGUGCAUUAUCUUGAUGGCAAACCUGUACCUGCAGAUCAUGAAGGAGGGUUUAAAGUCACACAUUGUCACAGGAACUGCACAGAAUGGGCCCCCAAUGUAUAUUUUGACGGUGAAAAUGCAAUAAAUCUUGAAGCUGAGAUAAGUAGAAGUCGAAGAAUUAAAUGUAGUUUUUGUGGACUUAAAGGGGCCGCACUUGGUUGUUAUGAGAAAAGUUGUCGCAGGAGCUUUCAUGUUCCUUGUGCCAGGUGGACUUCUUUAUGUCGUUGGGAUACGCAAAACUUCGUCAUGUUAUGUCCUCUACAUGCAUCCUCCAUGUUGCCCUGUGAAGAUUCAGGUUCCCAAAAAAGGAGCAAGAAAGGCAAAGGUAGAGAUGGCAAAAACCAUGGUCCUAGUCUUGACACUAUAAGCCAAACACGGGCUGAUCAUAGAUCUUACAAGAAAAUUGUUCUAUGUUGUUCUGCUCUAUCCGUACAGGAGAAGGACAUUGUUUCCAAAUUCGAAAGUGUAUCUAAAGUUACAAUUUUGAAAAAUUGGGACUCGAGUGUCACCCAUGUUAUAGCAUCAACGGAUGAAAACGGGGCAUGCAGAAGAACCCUGAAAGUAUUGUUGGGUAUCCUGGAGGGAAAGUGGAUUGUAAAAGUUGAGUGGAUCAAAGCUUGCAUGAAGGAAAUGAAUCCUGUUGGUGAGGAGCGUUAUGAAAUUAAUGUUGACAUCCACGGAAUUAGGGAUGGUCCUCGUCUUGGACGACUAAGAGUAUUGAACAAGCAACCAAAGCUUUUUUAUGGCUACAAGUUUUAUUUUAUGGGAGAUUUUUUACCUUCAUACAAGGGGUAUCUGCAAGAACUUGUGGUUGCUGCUGGUGGGAUAAUUCUGCAUAGAAAACCGGUGUCUUGUGACCAAAAGUCAAUGCUACCAGAUUCACAUUCAUACCAGAACUUCAUAGUUUACAGCCUCGAGCUGCCGGAUGAAUGUAAGCCUUCAGAAAUGGAUACAAUUUGCAGACAAAGGUGUCAUGAUGCAGAGGUUGUGGCAAGUUCUACAGGCUCUAAGGUUGUAACUAAUACAUGGAUUCUUAAUUCAAUUGCAGCCUGCAAACUGCAAUGCCUUGCUCAAUGAAAUGUGAAUAUUCAGAUAAUUUACGAUCGCCAACUGAUAUUUCCCUUAUUAUCUUAAUUAUCAUAUUAAAAACAUUAUUAUUGACCA